GGGUCAUUUUAUUGAGUAUAAAAGAAAGCAACAUUUCAAUAGGAAGCACAGAAUCGUUCAUAUCAUUGACUGUGACAAGUUAGUUCUUGAACCAUUUGAAAUCGAAGAAAAAACCAUUUGAAAUCGCAAAAUGUGUAACGUCUUACUGAGCGGACCACAAUUGAUUUUUGUUCUCCUGUUAACCUAUUCAAUCCGGAUUCAUUGUUUGGGAGAGCGUGCAAGCGGCAAGGAUGACCAGGAUACCAAUAAGAUAACGUUUUUAAAUGAGCCACUUCAAUUCCCGUCCACUGUGAAUGCUGAAAUGUUGAAUAAAAUUCGAAAAAUUCUAAGCAAGUAUGAAGAUGAAGCUGAACUUCUGGGAAAACAAGCGAAUGAUUGCCGAAACAAAAAUAACAAUUUAAAUUGUCAAUCCAUUUCUGAACAAUUAGAAAUUAUCAAAGAAAAUCUACGCAAGGAAUUGAAUAAUUUAAAAAGCUUGACUUCAGUAACGCUACCGAUUGAAGCCGAACAGCCGAAGAAUUUUAUUGGCAACGGCAUAAUGUUUGAUCGCAUUUUUAAUGUGUUCAGAGACUAUGUUUUGUACAUAAAUUUCGUUUUGAAUUUGAACACAUCAUCAGCAGCAACAAGCGGUGAUGAUUCAGCUGCAUCUACACCCACAGCUCCGGUAUCGCCGAGUACCGAAGAUUAAUGAAAAAAUAAGGUUUUUUUCAUUGCAUAUUCUAAAGAUGUUUGUACUACUUGUUAACGCAUCGGAAUCUCUCUUCAACAAGCACGCCUGGAUAUAUCAAAUUAAAAAAUUAAAAUCAAUAUAAUCUAGAAUUAGUUUGUAUUUUUUCAUUCAAUUUUCAUGUUUUAUAUCUGUACUUAGUUUAAUGCAAAAUUAUAUGCUAUUUAGGUCUCUGCAA